AUGAAGUUCGCUGCUGUUCUUGUGGCUACGUCUGCCGUUGGUGUUUACUGCACCACGACUACCACUGCCACUACCAGCCGAAGCUCGACUGCGACACAGACGUCUUCCUCGUCUACUAGGCGAGUUACCGCACAGGCUACGACCCAGAGUACUGGUAGACGCACUACAGCUUCUUCUGCAGCUGCGUCAUCGACUGCCAAGAAGGCCGGUGCUGCACCGAAUGCUGUCACCCCUGGGGCCGGCUUGGCUGCUCUCUUGGCCCUUGGCGCCUAUGUCGUCUGA